AUGGCCUCGCUGGACCUGCCCUACCGCUGCCCGCGCUGCGGCGAGCACAAGCGCUUCCGCAGCCUGUCCUCGCUGCGCGCCCACCUGGAGUACAACCACACCUACGAGACCCUCUACGUGCUCUCCAAGACCAACAGCAUCUGCGACGCCGCCGUCUUCCCGCUGGCCGCCGACGCGGCCCUGCUGGCCCCGGCCGCCCGCAGGGACUACUUUGAGAGCACCUCCUUCCAGGGCAAGGACCAGCGCUUCUCCUGCGACCUGGUCCCCGCCGACGAGCUGGAGCCGGCGCCGUCCUCGUCGCCCUCGCCCCGCUAUGUGCACGAGAUCGAGAUCCCGCUGAGCGAAAUCUUCACCCGCGGCAAGGCCGUGGCGCCCGCGCCCGUCCCGCCCGCCGCCGUGGACUCGGCCUACGAGGAGGGCCUGGCCCGCCUCAAGAUCCGCGCCUUCGAGAAGCUGGAGGUGGACAAGAGGCUGGAGAAGCUGACGGAGGAGGUGGAGCAGAAGAUCGCCUCGCAGGUGGGCCGGCUGCAGGUGGAGCUGGACCGCAAGAGCUCGGAGCUGGAGAAGGCCAAGCAGGAGAGCCUGCGGCUGAGCCGGGAGAAGCAGGAGCUGGAGGACCGGGCGUCGGAGCUCUCCCGCCAGGUGGACGUCAGCGUGGAGAUGCUGGCGUCCCUCAAGCAGGACCUGGUGCAGAAGGAGCAGGAGCUCACCCGGAAGCAGCAGGAGGUGCUGCAGAUCGACCAGUUCCUGAAGGAGACGGCGGCGCGGGAGGCCAACGCCAAGGUGCGGCUGCAGCACUUCAUCGAGGAGCUGCUGGACCGCGCCGACCGCGCCGAGAAGCAGCUGCAGAUCAUCAGCAGCAGCUGCGGCACCACCCCCAACGGCAGCCUGGGCCGCUGCGGCACCCCGGCCACCAAGGCCAUCGCCCGAGCGGGACCUCUGCGGGCACAGAGAGAGCGGCACCCGGGCCCGGCGGUGGCCGUGCACGGUCCCUACGGCGGCGUGUCCAACCAGCGCUCCUCCUCCAGCACCGGGGCCUCGAGCCGGGCCAAGGCCGUGUCGCAGAGCUCGGGCUGCUACGACAGCGACAGCGCGGAGCCGUGUCCCACGGACGACACGGCCGAGGGCCACCCGUACGCGGCGCGGGAGGCGCGGGGCUCGGGGCUGCGCCGCCAGGCCAUCCAGAACUGGCACCGCCGGCCCUACCGCAACAGCACCGAGGGAGAGGAGGGCGACGUGUCCGACGUGGGCUCCCGCACCACCGAGUCCGAGGCCGAGGGCUGGGAGCCCGAGGCACCGGGAUCCGCCGCGUCCCGACCGCCCGGCAGCUGCCGCCUGACGGUGGCCACGGACGCUGUGUGUCCCGCGGGCAGGCCCGAGGGGGCCGGGGGCAAGGUGUGCCGGCUGGAGCGGGGCAGCCCGGGCCACUGCAGCGAGGUGAUCAGCCCCGAGAUCCUCAAGAUGCGGGCGGCUCUCUUCUGCAUCUUCACCUACCUGGACACCAAGACCCUGCUGCGCGCGGCCGAGGUGUGCAAGGACUGGAAGUUCGUGGCCCGGCACCCGGCCGUGUGGACACGGGUGCUGCUGGAGAACGCCAGGGUCUCCUCCAAGUUCCUGGCCAUGCUGUCCCAGUGGUGCACCCAGAUGCAUUCCCUCACCCUCCAAAACCUGAAGCCGCGCCAGCGGGGCAAGAAGGAGAGCAAGGAGGAUUACAUGAAGAGCACACGGGGCUGCCUGGAAGCGGGGCUGGAGUCGCUGCUGAAGGCCACGGGCAGCAACCUGCUGAUCCUGCGCAUCUCACACUGCCCCAACGUGCUGACCGACCGCUCGCUCUGGCUGGCCAGCUGCUACUGCCGCGCCCUGCAGGCCGUCACCUACCGGAGCUCCACGGACCCCGUGGGCCAUGAAGUGAUCUGGGCCCUUGGAGCAGGCUGCAGGGACAUCAUCUCCCUGCAGGUCGCACCUCUGCAUCCCUGCCAGCAGCCGACACGCUUCAGCAACCGCUGCCUGCAGAUGAUCGGGCGCUGCUGGCCCCACCUGCGCGCGCUCGGCGUCGGCGGCGCCGGCUGCGGCGUGCAGGGCCUGGCCUCCCUAGCCCGGAACUGCAUGAGGCUGCAGGUGCUGGAGCUGGACCACGUGGCCGAGAUCAACCAGGAGGUGGCAGCUGAGGUGUGCCGGGAGGGGCUCAAGGGGCUGGAGAUGCUGGUGCUGACCUCCACGCCGGUGACCCCCAAAGCCCUGCUGCACUUCAACAGUGUGUGCAGGAACCUCAAGUCCAUCGUGGUGCAGGUGGGGAUUGUGGACUACUUCAAGGAGCCCCACAGCCCCGAAGCCAGGAAGAUGUUUGAAGAAAUGGUGAACAAACUGCAGGCCCUGAGGAAAAGACCUGGUUUCUCCAAGAUUUUACACAUCAAGGUGGAAGGAGGCUGUUAGCCCUUCAGGGAGCCCAAAGCACAUUCCCUGCUCUGUCCCUGAGCCCAGAGCCCCAGCGGGGCCGGCGGGACCCCCGGCUCGGGCACCAGGACCCCCAAACUCUCGCAGCCCUCGGGGCCGUCCCGGGUGACAAGGUGCUACUCAAGGACAAGUUUUGGCUGUCCCCAGAGCCAGGCCCGUGCUCUUUGCCAGCAGGGAGGGUGGCCCUGCAGCCCUGCGGCCGCUCCUCGCCGAGGAUCCGCUCUGGGGACGGCUGUUCCAAGAACUCUGCUUGGGGAUCCCUGACCCCGUCCUGGGGCUCCUGGCUGGGCUGGCCACCCAGCCCCACGGUGCUGGACCUGGGCUGGGAAGGGGCUGCUCCUCCCCCAGCAUUCCCACAGGGUUUCUGCUCCUGUUCCUUUGGGAUCUGGCAGAGGGGUCCCCGAGCCCGGGAAGCGCUCCCAGGAACCAGCAGCCAGCACAGCACAAGCCCAGGAGCAGAGCUGCACCUCGGGAGCCACAGGACACCAGGAGAGAGGGCUCCAGCCUCACUCCUCUCCAGCACACCGCUCCUGCCAAGGCAAUAACCAUCUCCAAAUCCCCACCCAGCAGGAAACACGGGUCACACUCCUGUCCCACCAUCCUCACCCAGACUCCAGCCGGGGUCAGUGGUCCCACGUGGAGAGAGAGACUGGCACAGGACACCCACGUUUGCCUUCCCGAGCAGCCUGAAGGAGAAACCUGGCCAGAAUAUCCUGAAAUGAUCCUGGGAAAAGCACCAACCAAGAGCUGACCCUUAUCUACAGCCACCAUUUUCUAAAUCUGAUUUUUCUUCUGAGUGUCCUCAGCCUGCAAGGACAUCAUCAUCCCCAAAAUAUCCUUUUCCAUGGGAAAUGACUUUGGAAAGGCAUCCAGCAGGGUCAGGCAUGUCAUUCCUCCACCCUGGGCAGAAGGGACCAGGAGGUGGCCCCGGGACUGGGGACAGCCACAGAGCACUGCCAGCAGUGGGGACAGCCCCAGCCCCCUGUGCUGGGACCCACCGGGCUGAGCGCAGAGGAGGCGACUGGGGGAGUGGAUCUGGGGCUUUUCCCUCUUCUCUGGACCAGCACUGGAGGUGUUGGUGCCUGCUGGCCAGCCUGGCUGGGGGGGGACAGCUCCCAGAGCCUGUCCCUUGCCCAGCCCUCCUGCAGCAACGGGCUCACCUGGAGCAUCCCCCCAGGAGGGACCGGGCUGCAGAUCCAGCACCCCGUCCCUCACCCACGGCACAAGAGCUGCUGACCUCAGCUGGGGCUGCCACACAGCCCGUGGGGAUCCCCAGAGCAAGGAAAAUCACCCCAAAUCGCCGAGGCCGGUGGGGCUGGAGGCAGCUGGAGACCCUUCAGGCACCCUCCAUCCUGCCUGCUCUGAAGCAGGGUGGGGUUUUGUGGCCCCAGCCCCGUGGGAAGCAGCCCUGCUCCCCCUUCCAUGCAGCUUUCCAGGAGGAGGCUGUUCCUGAGUGCACAAAAUGGGGAGCCUGAAAAUGCCUGCGGGAAGCUCCUGCACCCCCAGGUCCCACCGAUGAGCUCCUGGCUCCCUGCCAUGCCCACCACGGGUUUACCUCCACCCUGGGGAGCCUGGCACACUCCUCACCCAGGGGCAAGAGGAGCAAGGGAUGCCCCGACCAGCAAAAAACCACCCAGCAGAGCUACAACCCCCAGGGACCGUCUGGAGCAGGAGCCUGGCCCAGUGGAGAUGGCAGCAGCACAGCACAGGGACUCACAGAAUCCCUUAAAAACAAAAACAAAACAAAGAACCUAUUUAUUUCUAUAAAGAGAAGAAGGAAAAAAAUAAGAUUUUAAAGGAAAAUUAUAUACUCAGCAUGUUUAUACACUCUAUGCUUAAAGACUCUCGUGGCCCAGAGUGGUGGCCCAAGCCUGGAGGUGGCUGCUCCGGGUGUGCCUGGAGCCCCUCCCGGCUCCUGGGGCUGUGGGGAGGGCGAGGAUGAGGUGAUGGGAAGAGGAGAGGAGUGAGGACUCUCAGAGAAGCCUUCUGUGCCAGAAGAAGGGGUCAGUGAGUGGCUGUGUGUGUGGUGGCCUUGGUGACCCUGUGACACCCCCAUCCCUGCGCUGCCCCUGGGGCUUUGGAGGCACGGCAGGACCCUCUCCUGGAUUCCUGGUGCGUCCCCAGGACCCUCUCCUGGAUUCCUGGUGCGUCCCCAGGACCCUCUCCUGGAUUCCUGGUGCGUCCCCAGGACCCUCUCCUGGAUUCCUGGUGCGUCCCCAGGACCCUCUCCUGGAUUCUUGGUGCAUCCCAGGACCCUCUCCUGGAUUCUUGGUGCAUCCCAGGACCCUGUCCUGGAUUCUGGUGCGUCCCCAGGACCCUCUCCUGGAUUCUUGGUGCAUCCCAGGACCCUCACCUCUCCUCAGAGCAUUCCUGAAAAACCCAGCUCAGCAAAGGCACAUUUUUCCACAAAUCCUCUGAUGACACAAGACCUUGAGCGUGUUCAAGGAUUAGAAGAUGGCAAGUGGGGGUUUCUUCCUGUUUUGCUUGGGCUUGAAUGGAUCCCUUCCUCAUCCUCCUCCUCCUCGGCUGGGGAUGAAGCUGGCACAGUGACAGGAGUGGUAGGAAGGAGGGCCCUCCUGGUGGCUCCUAAUUGCCCAGCUUGUUAACGAGCUCAUUAACGGCUCUGAAAUGUCAGAGGGAUCCUGCCCCUGCUGCUUCCUCUGCCCAGUCCCGCAGGGGGGUGGCUCCCCAAGGCCCCAUCCCCGCGGGAGCCUCCGGCCACCCUGGCCCCGGAUUCAGCCCUGGAGCCUCGGCCCCAUUUCCUCUGGGAGCGAUGGGAACACCCAGAAAUGCCGAAUUUCCUGGGAAAGCCUUCAAGGCACCCAGCCCGUUCAGCUCAGCCCCAGGAGAAGUGCCCGAGGGGCUCUGCCAUGACAAUCCCAGUGAAAUCCAGGGACAGGACUGGGGGCACAGCCAUGGCCACAGCUGGCAGCAGCUGGAUGGACAGUGGUUCUGAGCCUGGCUCCUGCAGGACCGGCUCUGGGGAGAUUUAUUCCUUUUCUAGUGGUUCUCCCAAGGUUUCCCCAUGGCUGACAUUGCCAGCAUUCCCCUUCCCCUGCAAUCGGGACUGGGAUUUCGAAAGGAACAACGUCACCAAAGGCAGCUCGGGGGCCAAAGCCAUCCCAGAUCCCUGGGUUUGUUUCUCCCUGGGUUGGAUUUCACUGGCUCCCCUCGCUCCCAGCCCCAGGGAUGCUCUGGGGACCAGGGGCCUCCUCCUGCCUUGUCCCUCUGCCUCGGGGCUCCAGGGUGUCAGGGACUGGGGAAAUGGGACCCCAGGCUGGCUCUGCCCCACCAGGGUCUUAAACUGCUCUGUCCCUCUUCUUGCCACGUGUCCUGGUCCCUGCUGCCACCAAGGGCAGGGCCGUGGCAGGGGCUUCUCUGGAUCCCCCAAAAGAGCCUGGAUUUAGGGAAAACAGAACACAAACAAACCAGGAGAAGUGUUGGUAAUGGCUCCUGAAGUGGUUAAUAGAUGUUUUCAUUCAGCUUUUAGGGGAGGCCCCAGCCCAGGAGCUGGAGCAUUGCUUCAGCCUCAUUUUGGGGUGAGAAAAAGCAGGUUGAGGUGGAGCAAAAGCAUUUGGGAAUUGGUGCCAAAUGAGAAAGUGCUUUAAGAGGGAAAAAAUCCCAGGGCACAGGGAGAUUUUGGGAAGCAGAGAUGGUUUGUUGUGAAACAUUGCAGGGUGUUGUGAGGUGGUGAUGGAUGGACCUUCUCCAUCAGCAGGAGGCAAAAUAAUCCCUGGGGAGGGUGGGAGAGCACUGAGGGAAAGCUGCUGCAGCAGCGAGGAGGGAAAACUGCCCAAAAGCAAGGAAAAAAAAAAGGGAUUUUCUAAUGCAGCCUCGGGAUUGAGCCCGUGGAGGCCAACGAGGCAGGUUGGGGCCGGGGACAAGUGGGUGCAAUGGUGUGGGGCAGUUUUGGGAAGCGAGGGGGUGAUGCACAGUUGCUUCGAGAUAAUCAGAGGAGAUAAUCAGUGCAGAGGACAGAGAUAUAGAAAUCAGAACUGGAAUCAUUCCCUACAGCCCUGGACGGCAGCGGUGUACAGCGACCUCCCCCCCCCAGAGCUUCCCGUGGCCUCCCUCCCAAGUUAUUUUUUUAACUCUCUAUAAAUUUAGGUCUAUUUUAGUCUUUCUGCAGCGAUGUGCCAGUGUCUGGAGAACCAAACAUCCCUUCCUGCCCCCACCCCGUGGUCCCUGGAUGCUAAACCGGGCGAGGUGUGAGAUGUGCCGGAGCAGGGCAGGGUGGGCAGGGCAGGGCUCGGGGGCAGGGCCAGCUCCGGCCCGCGGGUUUAGCACUUUGGUUGGAACUCUCACCUGUAGACGCACUUUGAUGUUGUUGCUUUGAAACUUUGGCAAGUGUAAACAAUGUGUAUUUAAAGAAUUACAGAGAAACGACCCCCAGCCAAGCGUGUAAAGAGCUAUUUUAUGACUCAGUGUUGAAUAAAGACUCUGGAGAUCGAGCUGGGUUUUCACUCUCCCGGGGCUCACACUGGACCCACACCAGUGACACCAGUUGCAGUCUGGGGCUUACUGGAAGUGAACUCCUGACUCCCUCUGCAGGUCCGUGGGCUGCGCUGGUCUGGCAUCACAGGGACCAAGUGGGAUACAGGGAUACAGCAUGGGGGGAGCACCGAGGGUGGGCAGGGCCUGGCACAGGGUGCCCAGAGCAGCGCUGGCUGCCCCUGGGUUCCUCAAGUGUCCAAGGCCAGGCUGGACAUCGGGGCCUGGAGCACCCUGGGACAGGGGAAGGCGUCCCUGGAUGAACUUUAUGGUUCCUUCUGACUCAAACCAGCCCAUGAUUCUGUAUUUCUUUCACUGUCCUCCUUUGACACCUGUAACCCACCAGACCCAAGUCUCCCCACACUCUCCCAGCACCAUUUUCCUCUCAGUCCCCCCAAAUGCCUGGAUCCUUCCUUGGAGCUGUCACACAGCUGCUGCCCUGAACCUCCUUCCAUGAAGCAAAGUGGAAAAUGGAAAUGCCCCAUUGAGCAGAAGCCAGUUAAAUGUCACUGAGCAAUAUCUGAGAGCUCCAAGCACACACAGAGGUGCUCCAUCCUAGG